CACAGCGUGGCCAGGACUCCCUACCCCUCUGGGGAUGCUGCCGGGUAGAGGGUGCCAGGGAGGCAGGCAGGAGGCAGGCAGGAGGCCAGCUGCCCGCACUCUGCUGACAUUCGCAGUUAGCAGUUGGCGUCCUUGAGGGGAGCAAGCGCUGACAGAAGAGACCAGGUUCUCUUUAAGGGGGCAGGACUCCGGGAGCAUGAUGAAGGCAAGAGUGAGCUUCUCCCUCUGCCUUCCACCUUCCCUUCCCUGCCUGCUGCUUCCCUGCCUUCAUGCUCCCGGAUGGGGACCCGGGCUCCCUGCCCUCCCCUUUGCCUUUCCCAACUCUGGGUACUGAGCAGGGAUGAAGGCAGGAGCUGGGUGCUGGGAUGGGAGGCAGAGCGAGGGGAGGAGGAGGGGAGGAAGGGGAGGGAGAGGGGGAGGAUCUGCUAAUUACACAGAACAGCUCUGGGGGCUGCUGAAGUCCAGAAUGAAGCAAAGAGCAGCAGAAGCAAGUGCUGCAGUGGGAGCGGAGCAGCUCAAGCAUCACCAGGAGCCAGAGCUGGCUGUCGUCCCUGCUGGGAGCAACCGGGGGCACCCAGGGGACCUUGCAGCCCCUGGGGGACAGACUCCAGCACAGCCACCGACCCACUGCCAGCUCCUCCACAGCUAGCCCCAGGUGAGCAGAGGGGAAAGGGCUGGUGGUCCCAGGGAUGCAGCGUUAAACUCAGCCCUCCUGUGGGCUGGGCUGGAGGGCAGUGGAGUCAGGCCUGCCAUGGUCCUGGGGGGCUAAGAGCCUGAGCAGUUCCAUCGGGAAGAGGUGAAGGAUGACUGCUGAAGGAGGGACAGCCAAGCCUGUUACCCAGUCCAGGAUGGAGAACUUCCGAAAGGUGAGGACGUCAGAGGAGGAGAGCCCACUGCCCUUCACCGACCUGCCCCCAGACGUGGUGGAGAUGAAAGUGAAGGAGGGCAGCAAGAUCAGGAACCUGAUGAACUUCGCCAUGGCCCAGAUGGAGCUGAAGGGCAGCCGGCAGAUCGUCUUCAGUGGUUGUGGCAGGGCGGUCACCAAGACCAUCACCUGCGUGGAGAUCAUGAAACGGAAGCUGGGAGGUCUUCACCAGGUCACCAAGGUACGCUACAAAACCUUGCUGGAGGUCUGGGAGAACCAGGACCCACUGCCUGGUGGCCCAGCGCAGAACCUGACUGUCCACAAGAAUGUCCCCUCCAUCUGCAUCCUGCUCUCCCGAGACCCCCUGGAUCCCAACCAGACAGGCUACCAGCCCCCGGAGCCCUGGCACGGGCUGGGGACAGAGCUCGGCAAGGCAGGAGAUGACACGUCGAGCUCCUCCACCAAGGGGCUGAAGCGGCCCCUGCCACCUCCCUGUGAGGAGCUGCUGACCAAGAAGUUGCAGGUACAGGUACCUGACAGCCCGAGGGGCUCGGGACCACCGACCUCCAGCCAGACCACCACCACUGACCCCACCACCUCCCACCCCGACCAGCUGUAUGCCAGCUAUAUGUGCAGGAGUAUGCCCUCUAUAUAGGCAGGCGAUUGUAUGCUGGAGGAACUCCGGGUUAUUUUUUUUUAGCUGCUUUGCUGUGGAUAAAGGCAGUGGGAAGCCUGUGUCAUGCUUGCUCCGGGGUCACCAGUGUGCUGCAGCCCCCCCGCAGCGUGUCCCCACUCGCUGCUACUGCUCCAGCUGAGCCCCGUGCAUGGCGGCUUGCUGCUGGGGGGGGGUGUACCUUGUGUACUUGGGGUGAGGGUUAAAGGGUUAAACCUAACCAGCUCUUGGUUAUGGACUGAAGCAGGGGAGAAUGUGUCGGGGCAAGCUGCUGACCCCAAAUUUGGCCACCCAGAGGCAAUGCCACCACCAGCCACCUUUCUGCAGUCACUCCAGGGAGCCAGAGCACCCGUUGCCGUUCACCGAGCGGUGCCGGACCAGGGAACGUGGCUGCACAUCGUCGCUCCCCAUUGUGAUUUACCAGCCAUCAGGAGAGAUGGUUUUGCCCCAAGCCUGUUGGAGUAAUACCUUCAUUAUCAAAACUGCUGCAAUUACGCCUGGCAAGGAGCUGUCAGGUUUAUUAAUGCCGGGCUCAGCGCCCCGCAGCACCAUGAUUCAUCCCCGAUAAAACACACAAACAAGCAGACGGGUUGCUCCCUCCCUGUGCCCACGGAGCCAAGCACUGCGCUGCCUGUCUGUGGGACAGCAGAAGAAAAUAAAACAACCCUUCUUCUUCUUCUUCCCGCAUCAGAUAUUCUGGUCUUUGCUCUCCUGGAGGUGUUUGUAGUCUGGAGCUGGGGUGAAGCCCUGACAUCACGAGCUGGGGGCAGUGGGAGUGUUAGGUGGGUUGUUGUCGUGGCUGGAUGUGGUGCUCGGCGCAGGUUGUGGGCUCGGCUGCAGAGCCCUUGCCGCGGGCUGGCUCCCUGGGAAAGCCCUUUGGAACAAAAUCCCUGCUUCUUCCAGGGGGUAAGGGGAAAUGAACAGAAAAUAAAAGCUCUUUAGAAAUAGUUGAAAUAAGUCUAUGGGAAAAUGGGGGGAUCACCUUGGCUGCCGACCACGGCACAGAUCACAGUGAGGGCCGCUACUGAUCCAGGACAAGGGAUCCCAGCCAAAUCCCGUCCCUUUCUGGAAUGGGACCAGGAUGGGGGUCUCCUAUGUGCCCUGGCAGCAGCCUGGCCCCCACUGGCAUGGCAGAGCCUGGCAAAGCCCCUGUGUCAGCCCCUCAGGCCAGCACAGCAGGGACCAGGGUGAUGUGGGGAGGGCAGGGGAUGGGUUAUGGGAGGCUGAGCAAGCCCCAAUCCACUUGGUUCCCCUCGAUCCAGCCCAGGCAGCCCCCAGGGGCACCGUGGGAUGAAUUAAAUUGGUAUUAAUAAGCAUUUGCUUCCCAAAAGCCAGCCGGGAGGGAUGCUCUGGCUGCAGCCGCGUUAUCUCCCCACCUCGCUCCCGCUCUCCGCAACGACAAGCGUCCCCUCUUUUGUCAAGGGCUUGCUUGGCAAGUGCUUUGCUUGGCUGGGAGCAGGAAUGAAAGGAGACCAGGGAACGACGAGGAGGAGGAAGCAGGGGUCUGUUUUGUUUCGUGAUGACCUUGUUAUCUCCCUCAGCAGGCAGCUGUUCCUCCGGGCCAGAGGCUUGCCCUUAUCUGUCCUGCUGCAGAUUGAUUCACUUCACUUAUCUGCCACUAUGUAGUUGAAUAUUAAUUUUCAAUUGUAAUUUUUAAAUUAUUUUUUUGGUGGUUUGGGGCUGAGAAAGCUUUGGGCUCUGUCCCAUCCAGUGACCGCUCUUCCCCAGUCUCCUCUCACCAGUGCAGCCACCAUUCUGGUUCAACCCUCUGCCCUACACGCGAGCCAGAGCACCAGGUACAGGCUCUUAGCCCAUAUGUGCUAAAAAUCAUGCUAAUACAUAAACCCCUCUGUAAAUGCUCUGAUCGAAGCCUAAAGACUGUCACAGCCACACAGCCGAGAACUAACAGUCCUUCACCUCCACAACCCUGCCCCACUGCUGCUGUCUGACAUUGCUCCCAGCAAGGAGAGAAAAAACCCCAAAUCACUCAUUUCUCAUUAUUCCAUUAAUGCGCAAAAUUAUUUUUAAUUGAUUCUAUAUGCAGGCAGUUUCCAAUCUUGGAGGCAACAGGAGCCUGGGGAUUUUGUACUCCUUGCUUUGCUAGCUGUGGACCAAGUAUUUC